AUGCAACCCUCGACGUACGACAUCCAGCGCGAGGUCGAAGCCCUCCGCGACAUCAAGAGGCGUUCGACGACGCCCGGUGCACUUGCCAUAGAUCCAGAUUUGCCCAAUCAAUCAUCGCCAACGUCGCCGACGAGUACAUAUUGGUCAGGAGCACAGACGUCAGACGGUGAUUCGUCAAGCAGCUCACACGAUGAUGGCUCCAGUUCCGACCAUGGCGGCAGUAUGGGUGGCAUAGAUGGCCCCAAUAACCCUGCAGACGAUCCCUUUCACCUUUUCUGGGUCCCCGCCAGCGUCCAUCCUGAAAUUGCUCCUGCUGAAUUUCGUGCCUUUCUCAAGGAACAUGCCAGAUCGCCGCCGCCUGGAGAUGGAAGUACCACCCCCAGCAGAUCCAGUUCGAUAUCGUCACUUUCGUCUGGGGGCUUGGGAAGGAAGAAGUCGAUGCUGAGUCGGCAGUACAGACCUUCGGAGAAUGAUGGGGUCGAGGACGAGGAAAAGAUUGUGCCGCUAAGACGAAAUCGGUCUAGUCUUCUCGCUAAUCGAGGGCCUCAGCUCACGAUAAGCGACCUGCAAAGGCUGGAGGAGCUGGCAGAAGAAGCCUCAGAGAGCGACGACCCAUCCAAGCUGAGAAGUGUCCUGCGACGAAGCCUUAGUUUGAACGUGUCCCCCACUUCUAUCGACACCAUAGAUGCAAUCCCAGAGAUCGGUGACGAAGCGGAUGCCCCCAUAAUUGUUCCGCCUCCCGGUCAAAUCCUUCGCCGUGCCGCACGCACCAGAAUUCGAAAGGGCAUUGCUGGUGAUGGUGGCAGUCGUUUUGGUUCCUCGACCAGACGUGGCCCAUCUGUUCGGUCUGGCCCAGUACCAAUCACUCUCGAAAAACGGACUUCAAGUGAUCUUUCUUCCAAUGAUCAUGGAGAACCUGACGUCUUGGCAGCAGCUCAGCGCCGACGGACGUUUGAAAACGAAAUUCAAGCCAGACCAGAAUCUUAUAGCGAAGAGGCCUUCAUUUUCGAUGCCUACGUACGGGAGGAGGACGAAGAAAGCCACACGCCUGUCGUUAUCACACCGUCUCCGCCAGAUGAACUUGCUUAUGACUUACCUUCUGUUCAAAUGUCAACGUCCCCUGACGAUAAAGCAUCUCUCCUUCAAGCUCUGGAGCCCGUCCUGCACCAUCCCCAGCCUCAACGGCUGCUUGCUCCUGAACCCUCCCCAGAUCAACGACCACCAUCGCGGACACCAUCGCCUCAGGAAUCCUUAGCCCCGAGUGUAUCUCCUUCCCAUUCACCUGACCCCCCUACUGGUUCUUCUCCACCAGCAUUUCUCCCUGCACCUCCAAGUCCUGCGGCGCAUCAUCGUAAGGAGAAGGAUAAGAAAGGGUUGUUUGGCAAGUGGGGAAGCGACAAGGGGGGGAAAAAGCCUGCAAAAGACAAAGAGCGAGACAACGGGGAGAAGGAGUCUGGUUUUUUUGGAUCCUUGUUUGGCGGGAAGAAGAGCAAAGAGUCCGAUGGUCCCCCGUCGAUGGGUAUUUCUGGUGGUGCUGCUGGCCGCGAAGCUGCUGCCGCGUUACUAGGCGCCUCAAAAUCGUCCAAGUCCUAUGUUCCUCCUCCAUCACCAAAUGGUUCACAAGGAGGUCCGGGCGUUAAUAACUGGUCACGGUAUCCGAUACACGUCGAACGCGCCAUUUAUAGGCUCAGCCACAUAAAACUUGCGAAUCCCCGCAGACCACUGUACGAGCAAGUUCUGAUCAGUAAUUUGAUGUUUUGGUAUCUUGGUGUCAUCAAAGCGCAGAAUCCAACGACGCCUUCCAACGGUCAGACGAACGUUGCGGGCACGGGUGCUGGGAACCAGGAUAAAGAACAGAAGGAGCACGAGCAGCGGGAACGGGAACAAAAAGAACGGGCGGAGAGAGAACAUGCGGAGCAGGAGCGGCUGGAAAGAGAACAGAUGGAGAGUAAGAAGAGGGAGGCUUCACCACGACGCGGAGCUCUAACGAAAGUACCCCCGGGCGGAGGUGGCCGACGAGCUGAAAUACCUGUCAAAGGUCCUCAAUACGAGAUGCAGCAUCGAGUGAUGGAACAGGAGUAUAGUUACGGCGGGUAUAACGAUCUCCCAAACCGGACAUCCUCAGCGCCCCCAAACAUGGGGAUGGGACAACCGUAUCGGAUGCAGCAGCAACCGCAAAUGUACUCUAAUAUGGGACAGGGCACGGUCGAUCCAAAUGCACCGGAGUAUUAUUAUCCAAACGACAUGAUGCAGAAUCAACAGCAGCAACGUCUCCCUCCCGGUGCCAUGGCGCCUCUUGACCAGUCAGGGUGGCAACAGCCACAGGGUCGACCAAAUACAACGUCACCUACCUCCUCUUCUGGUCCACGGCGAUCACGUUCACCGCCACCGCAUGAUAUGAUGUCGGGAGGUCGUACGCCGGGACGUUCGUUGUCCGCAACGGCGUUACCCUCACAGACACCUCCACAUGUGAAUGGAAAGGUUCGCAAAGGACACAGUGCACACGCUGGGAUGCCUUCCAGUGCGCGAAGACCACGGACAACGGAGGGACAAGAUUCCCAGGCCAACGGAUUCACGGAAGACGAAGACGUCCCACUUGCCAUAUGGCAGCAACAGCAACAUAGACGUCGAUGA